GGUUGUUAACAUUGAAAUCCGGGAUCUCAUAGCUGGGCGUCCCCAUGGCCGUGGCCUGUUCGCGUGGCACAUCGCGCUUUGCAGGCGUGAAAGAAGAUGGGCAAUCCAUCGCAACGUUUGUCUGCUCUUCAGAAAGAGACUCAUUGUUUCUGAUAUCGUUGUUCCCUAGUGAAGAUGGUUCUUGAGGUAGUAACAGAGUAGGUGUACCAAACGCGCCGCUGUAUUCGAACGAUGUGGCGCGGUUGCGACUCGUUGAGAGUAAGGAAGGCUCGCCGAAUGAUUCAUUCGAAACCUCCGCAGGCUGAAAUUGAUUGGGCUCAGUCCGUACAAAACGGCGACCAUGAGGUGCAUCCUGCCGACUAUUCGUUGAAUGAGGCGACAGAGGUCUGCUAUGCGCUGUGGUUGGAGGACAAUCUACCAACUCCACGUCACUAGAGGCAUCUGGGACGUCGUUCUCGUUUUCGUCGUCGGAGUCAAUAACAAUGAUAUCUUCAGGAGCGACAGAAAAGUGUUCUCGUUUGACCGGAACGUUCUUGGAACAGUUCUGUCUCGGAAUCUGCGUCUUUGGUUUCUUGUUCGUAACAGGACCACCCUUUCCAAAGAAGUCAAGCAGGGUAGUAGAUUGAGAAACUUCCUUGCGCUUCUUCGACAUGAUUCAUGAAAAAGCACAUAAGAAUCAACGUGUAGAGACUGUAUGCAUAGGGUCGUGGUAGUUUGAAAAGAAAGGAGUCCUGAGGAUAUUUGAGUCCAAUCUCCGUAUGCAAGAUAAGAUUAGAUUGAACCGGUUAGCAAGGCGUUAUAUUGGCGGACAGUCCUGACCUUCCACCAUCGCGACAGUUGGCGGUGCUCAGGUGUUCGCUGGCUGAACAUUCACACCUUGGACAAUGACUUCUCUCAUAACCACAGUACGAACAAAGUUCCUCGAGGCGAUCAGGUCUGUCAAUCCUCCAGGGAAAUGGAAGAUCCUAGUCGUGGACGAGCAUUCGCAGGCAUUGUUGUCAUCCGUGCUCAAGCAGUUUGAUAUCUUGGAGGAGAAUGUUACUGUGAUUGAGUCGAUCACUAGCCACCGUGACCCGCAACCACAAUUAGAAGCAGUCUAUAUCUUGAUGCCAACAACGCAGAACGUAGAGCGCAUUAUUCGCGAUUACUCCAAUGGACGUCAGCAAUAUGCGGGGGCGCACUUAUUCUUCAUAGACAGACUUUCUGAGCAAUUAUUCGAUCAGCUUGCAUCCUCACCUGCGGAGCCAUUCCUCAAAGGUCUUCAAGAUCUCUACUUGAACUUCUGGGCUAUCGAGUCCAAUACUUUCUCACUCAAGCAACCAGGCUCAUUCUUCAGUAUAUAUAGUCCACCUCGUAGUGACAACGCCUUCAAAGCCUCACGCGACCACUUGGAGGAAGAGCUGCGCUUCUCCAGCAAAAUGAUUGCAAACGUCUGUAUAUCAAUGAAUGAAUAUCCCUUCAUCCGCUAUUACGUACCUUCUCAUCAUGCACCUCUCGGAGCACUCAAACCCCAUGCUGCCACACGACCCGCACCUCCGCCAUCUGAACCAACUAGUCGAUGGAGGACGAACCUGGCUCGAGGUGCACAAGCACGGGAGUACGAGAGUGUAGAAGGCGAUUUCGUUGCUAAGGUACUCGCGUUUAUGGUACAAGACACAUUGGAUGAGUAUAAGAAAGCUAAUCCUGAUUUCCCGAAACCCUCGGACCCUGCACGACCGCGCUCUACCCUAAUAAUCACAGAUCGUUCUAUGGACGUAACAGCAGCUUUCCUACAUGAGUUCACUUAUCAAGCUAUGGCAAAUGACUUACUGCCUAUUGACGAUGGAACGAAAUACACGUAUAAAUUCCAAACUGCUAUUGGUGCUUACGAGGACAAGACGGCAACGCUCUCGGAUUCAGACAACGUCUGGACACAGAUCCGGCACAUGCACAUGCGUGAAGCUAUUGACAAACUGAUGGCCGACUUCAAUCAGUUCAUGCAGGAUAACGCUGGAUUCAAGGGAGAGGGUGCCGCCAGUUUGAAUGACAUGAAGGAUAUGUUGGCGAACCUUCCCCAAUAUCAGGAGCAGCGUGAGAAGUUCUCCCUCCACCUAAACAUGGCUCAAGAGUGUAUGGACACCUUCGAACGCGACCGACUAACGGAUGUUGCUACUGUAGAACAGAACUGUGCUACAGGUCUUACUCCUGAGGGAAAGACACCAAAGACCCUUGUGGAACAAAUGGUGCCGCUAUUGGACAGUCGAGAUCUUCACAACUCGAAUAAAGUCCGCAUAAUUUCCCUGUACAUUCAGUACCGUGAUGGCGUACCAGAUGAAGAUCGAAGAAGACUGUAUCAACACGCUCGUCUAUCCUUGGCUGAUCAAGAUGCUUGCAAUGCUCUUGUGCACCUUGGACUACGAAUCAGCAGGGGUCCCGGAGACAAGGACAUAAAGAGAAGAUUGAAGCAGAAGCAAAGUACCGAAGAAGAAUAUGAGCUAUCAAGAUACAAGCCAUUAUUGACUACCGUCCUCGAGGAUCAUGUCAAUAACCGUUUGGAUCCGGGUGUCUUCCCCUACGUUAAGGAUUCGCCGUCGCUCGCUCCUGCGCCUAGCUUGCGAUCUUCACCAUCCCCACAGACAACUUCUCUUCGUAGUCAGAAACCCAGCUGGCAUCGAGCAGGUCGGCCUGGGGCAGGGGCACAAGACAACAAGCAAAGAUUGUUCGUCUUCAUCGCCGGGGGUAUGACUUAUUCUGAAAUUCGGGAAGCGUACUUGCUCUCCAAGUCUUUGAAUAAGGACAUCUACAUCGGCUCGACGCAUGUGAUGACUCCUCGACACUUUAUUGAUGAUCUUCGAGUACUGGACCUGGGUGGCGUUGGAUCGCGCGCACUACCCAACGGUAUAGGACCACUCGCAGAAAGGAAGCGAACAUACCAGGAAUACUAUGACCAACGAUAUUUCUCUCGUGACCCACCACCUCGACCUGCACUACCCGCCCAACCGAAACCAGACCAUAAGGGUAGCAAGAUUCGACCGUCACCUGUGCCCUCCCAAGCUCCUUCCCAGGCUUCACAGAUCAGCGAUACUCCCAGUCAGGGUUCUUCCUACUACGGCGAAGAAAAGGAGAAGAAGAAGAAGCGCGGUUUCUUCCACUUCUAAAUGAUGUGGUUCGGGUCAACACGUUUUAAGUAUUUUGUUCUGAUGAGUCUGGAUUGUGAUUUAAUAGGGUGCCCUUCUGAUGUUCUUGGUAUUCCGCCCUUUUCGUAUAUCCAUGGUAUAAUGUUAUGUUGUAUCUCACUAUCCGCGACAGAUAUGGACAGUUUGGAAAUUCAUGUUGAACUGAAGAAUGACAUGAUCAUCGUUCGUCUCCUGGCUUUCGGACCAAGUCUGAUAACCAACUAGCCUGACCCACAAAAUGGGUACCAUAAAUCGAACUCACCCUACAAACGUGAGGGUCAAUUAUGUCCGCAGGUCAGUAUACCCAUGAAAACUAUUGAACCUUUGCUCAAUAUGCUAAGCCUCCCCUCGAGCAACCACCUCAUUCCCGUACCUCACAUAUGUAGGUCGGCGCGGAUAUCACAUCACCGCUUGCCCUGAUGUUAAUUUGAAAGCUUGAAUAGCACCCGUAAACAGGCAUUCAGACUU